UGACAAAACCGGAAGUGGCAAACAGAGGCAAUUCGAUUCCUAGGCUAACAAGCAUGUCUUCAAAUGGAGCCGGAGAACUCCUGGAUGGCGAUGGUCCCGACAGGAAAAAAAUUAAAACAUCAGAAUGCGUUAGGGAAGGUAUACUCCUGGGAUAUGGUAACCCUCUGUUGGAUAUUUCUGUGACUGGAACACAGGAAUUCCUGGACAAGUAUGGUCUGGAGAGGGAUAAUGCCAUCCUUGCAGAAGACAAGCACAAACCAAUGUAUAAGGAUAUGGUGGACACAUUUGGAGACAAAGUGGAAUAUGUGCCUGGUGGUGCCACUCUAAAUGCAAUUAAAGUUGCACAGUGGUUGUCUGGAGUUCCCAAUGCCACAACAUUUUUUGGUUGCAUCAACAAAGAUGAGUUUGGGAAAAUCAUGGAGAACAAAGCCAGGGAGGCCGGGGUCAACACAAAGUUCCAGUAUACUGACAAAGAACCAACAGGGACGUGUGCUGUCAUUGUCACAGAAAAAUACAGGUCAAUGUGUGCCAAUUUAGCAGCAGCCAACUGUUUUACUGAGGAACAUCUAGAGACCCCGGAAAAUUGGAAACUUGUGGAGAAGGCCCAGUAUUACUAUAUUGCUGGUUUCCCUCUGACUGUCAGUCCCUCCACAGUGAUCAGAAUAGCCAAGCAUGCCCAGGAGUCUGGUAAAGUGUUCACCAUGAACCUCUCUGCUCCCUUCCUGUGCCAGUUCUUCAAGGAACCCAUGCUGAAGACACUGCCUUAUGUCGACAUCUUGUUUGGAAAUGAAACAGAAGCAGAAACAUUUGCCAAAGAAAAUAACUUUGGUACAACAGACAUUGCAGAAAUAGCAUUAAAGAUAGCUGAGCUUCCCAAGGAAGACAACAAACCAAGGACUGUAGUUAUAACUCAGGGCAGCAAUCCAACCGUUGUAGCAAAGGAUGGUAAGACGACAGAGUAUCCUGUGAUCCCGAUCGCUGACAAGGACAUCAUAGAUACCAAUGGAGCCGGUGAUGCUUUUGUAGGAGGUUUCUUGGCCCAGUUGAUCCAAGGCAAGCCUGUGGAGGAGUGUGUUAAGUGUGGAAACUAUGCAGCCAAUCUAAUCAUCCAGCGCUCGGGCUGCACAUAUCCCGAGACGCCCGACUACAAGUGAUCAUAUGUCAGUGAUGUCCACAUAUAUGGUUGUGUUCAAAUACUGAGAUCAAUUCUUGUUCAACAACAACAAAACUACACUCUCUGUCAGGUUUUGUUGUUCUUUCUAAGUAAGGGUAUUAUUAUUCAUUCCUUAUUACAAUGAAUAUACACGCCAUUGCAUAUACAUUGUACAUGUAUUAUAAUUUUACAGGCUGAUAAUCGUAUUGUUAUUAGUUAUUACCUCAUCUACUUGUGUACAUUUUCUUAUACAUGUUAUGCAACAUCUUUUGUAAUAAACAUGUACAUGAUUAAAAGAUUAAAACUUC